UUUGAUUCGAAUAUGACAGUUUUUUCCUGCUUUGAAGCCCGUGUGAGGCUCGCGCGUUGGAUUUUUACGCGUUUUUGAUUUGAUGUAGAAGUCAAGCAACUCAACGGCGGAUGAAACUGCGAAGUGCCCAAAAGCUUUGCGAGAUCGUUUCGGGUUAGGGUCGUUCGGCGAACAAAUAAACGCUUGCCCUGGAUGUUUAGCUGUCUGGCUACAUCAACAAAACAGAUUUCACUCCUCCUAUCUAAAAGAUCUGUGUGCUCUGCCACCAUGUUCUGGAAGUUCGACCUGCACACCACCUCCCACAUCGACAAGCUGCUGGACAAGGAGGAUGUGACGCUGCGGGAGCUGAUGGAGGAGGAGGAUGUGCUGCAGGAGUGCAAGGCCCAGAACAGGAGGCUGCUGCUCUUCCUCAGCCAGGACCACUGCAUGCAGGAGCUGGUGGCCCUCAUCACCCAGGAGCCGCCGCAGGACAUGGAGGAGAAGAUCCGCUUCAAGUACCCCAACAUCGCCUGCGAGCUCCUGACGUCGGACGUGAACCAUAUCAAUGAUAAGCUGGGCGGGGACGAGUGUCUCCUGGAGACGCUGUACCGAUUCCUGGAGCAGGAGCCCCCGCUUAACCCCCUGCUGGCCAGCUUCUUCAGCAAAACCAUCGGCAACCUCAUCGCCCGCAAAACAGAACAGGUCAUCUCUUUCCUGCGGAAGAAGGAUGGGUUCAUUAGCCUGGUGCUGAAUCACAUCGACACCUCCGCCAUGAUGGACCUUCUGCUUCGCCUCAUCAGCUGCGUGGAGCCCGCCCCCUUGAGGCAGGAGGUCCUCAACUGGCUGAAUGAGGAGAAGCUCAUCCAGAGGCUCACAGAGCUCAUUCACACAGGACAAGACGAGGAGAGGCAAUCCAACGCAUCUCAGACCCUGUGCGAUGUGAUCCGUCUGAGCAGAGACCAGGCCACGCAGCUGCAGGAGACCAUGGAGCCGGACCCGCUGCUCACUGUGCUGGAGUCGCAGGAGAGCGUGGAGGAGCUCCUGAAGAACAUGUUCCAGGGAGAGAAGAGCGAGGCCUGCAUCGUCAAUGGAACUCAAGUGCUACUUACCUUACUAGAAACCAGGAGGCCGGGGGUGGAGGGGCUGAUGGACCUGUGUUCUCAGGGAUUUGAAAGGUCUUACACUGUCAAUAGCAGCAUACUACAGGGCAUCGAGCCUCAUCUAAAGGACUUCCAGCAGCUCCUUCUGGAUCCACCCAAGAAAAGCCCCAUCCUGACGACGAUCGGCGUGCUGGAGGAGCCGCUGGGAAACGCCCGUCUGCACAUCGCCAGGCUGGUGGCCGCUCUGCUGCAGACGAGCACGCCCAGCAUCGACCAGGAGCUGUGCCGCCUCAACACCAUGGACCUGCUCCUGGAUUUGUUUUUUAAAUACACCUGGAACAACUUUUUGCACUUCCAAGUGGAGCUGUGCGUGGCGGCCAUCCUGAACCACUCGUCCCAGGAGGAGAAGCCGAGGGCCGGCCUGGAGAAGGAGGGGGCGGAGGGCAGCGCGGACACGCCCGACGCCUCGGGACACAACGUCCUGGUGGCCCACCUCUUCCAGAAGUGUCGGUUAGUGCAGCGGAUACUGGACGCUUGGGAAGAAAACGAUAAAAUCCAGGCGGAGGGUGGAAUGAGGAGAGGCAACAUGGGACACCUGACCCGGAUAGCUAAUACUGUGGUACAGAACAUGGAGAAAGGGCCUGUCCAGGCUCAGAUCAGUGACCUCAUCAAAGAGCUGCCGGAGGACUGCCGAGGACGCUGGGAGAGUUUUGUGGACGAGACCCUGACAGAAACCAACAGGAGGAAUACAGUGGACCUGGUGAGCACGCACAACCUGCACUCCUCCAGCGAGGAUGACGACAUGGAGAGCCCCUUCCCCAACGAGCUGUCACUCCAACAGGCAUUCUCAGACUAUCAGAUCCAACAGAUGACUGCAAACUUUGUGGAUCAAUUUGGAUUUAAUGAUGAGGAGUUUGCUGAGCAUGAUGACAACAUCAAUGCCACGUUUGAUAGGAUUGCAGAAAUCAACUUUAAUUUGGAUGCUGAUGAUGACAGUGCAAACGCUGCCGUGUUCGAGGCCUGCUGUAAGGAAAGAAUACAGCAGUUUGACGACAACGAGGAGGAGGAGGACAUCUGGGAAGAAAAAGAAAUUAACUAUGCAACACAGGUCAAAUCCAGAACAAGGUUCGGAGUGACCCGCACCUCGGAGGGCCCCUCCAGACGUGAAGUGGCGAACGGGGAGCGAGAUCGAAGCGUCGGCUCAAACAAAGAGGAGGCGGAGCCCAAAGAGGGCACCACCCACACAGAAAACAACAAAAACAAGAGCCAGACUGAAGCCAAAGAGGCAGACUCAGCAGAGAGCCCGGGAUGGAUGGCCAGCUUCGAGGACGCGGUGAACUCGAAGGCCCCCGCGCCCUGUGUGGCAGUGGACGUGGGCUCCAGCGUGUGGGACUCGGCCGUCUCCCAGCACAACGCCGCCGAGAGCGAGGACAAAGGGUGGGCCAAGUUCACCGACUUCCAGCCUUUCUGCUGUUCAGAGUCUGGCCCCAGAUGCAGCUCCCCUGUGGACUCGGAGAGCACUGACUCAGAAGGACGUCCCAAGCAGAACCAGGACAAGAACUUCAAGGGGUCGUCCCCCUGCGCGUGGAACGUGUGCGUGUCCAGGAAGGCGCCCCUGGUGGCCUCGGACAGCAGCUCGUCGGGGGGCUCCGACAGCGAGGAGGAGGACGACGACAAGGCGGACAUCGUCACGGAGACCAUCACCACCGGCGCCGGCAAGGAGACCAUCAAACUCACCAUGGAUGCCAAAAACGAGACGGCGGUCUUCACAAGGAAGAACAACAACACGCAGACCAUCCCCUACCUGGAGGAGAAGCCCUACCUGCUGCACGGCUACGUGUCGGAGCGCAUCGUCGACAUGGACGUGAAGACCCUUUCCCUGCUCCCUGAUGGCCUGGACGAGCGGGAGUGGAUGGCCAGCAACACCAUCGCCUUCUUCAAGAACAUCAACCUGUUCUCCAGCGCCCUGUCGGAGUUCUGCACCACCAGGACCUGCCCCACCACCAGGGGCCCCGGUGAUGUGACAUACUACUGGACAGAUGACCAAGGGAAGAAGGUGAAGUGUUCUGCGCCUCUCUACACCGACUACACCAUGUCCUAUAUCCAUGAGCUGCUGACGGACGAGGAGGUGUUCCCGACAAGAGCAGGCUCCGUCUUCCCCAGGGGCUACGUCUUCCUGGUGCAGAGGAUCUUCCUGUACCUGUUCCGCACCCUGGCGCACCUGUACUGGGCGCACUUCUGGGACGUGGUGCACAUGCGGAUGCACCCGCACCUCAACACGCUCUUCGCCCACUUCGUCACCUUCGGCCGGGAGUUCCAGCUGCUGGAGCCGGCCGAGACGGCCCCCAUGGAGGACCUCAUCUACGCCCUCUGCCAGCAGCACGGAUUCUGACCCCCCCGCCCGCCCACACACACAGGCUGGAAUUUGGCGGGGUGUGGGGGUGGGGGGUGUGCUGUCUGAGCGGGCACCAUCCCUGGCUGGAAGGGCCGGGCAGCUAAACACGGACCCCGAGUGCAGCCUUGGCAGCGCUGAAUCCGAGCCUUUUUGGGAGGCCCCCACCCUGCUACGGCAUCUGUUGGCGAAAGCCAGCCAUCUUGUGGGAAGCUCCACUAGGCCUGUGAACAGCACUUUGAACCAGAGUGGACCAUUCAGUUUUUAAAGGGAAUUACAAUGUGUUCCAGCAAGUAAAAAAAAAAAUCACAGACAUUCAUUCUAUGUAAUCGAAAGGAAGGACGGAAAGCCAGGGAAGCCUGGCUCUCUUCAGCGGAUGGAUGUCUUCUCCAGUCUGAAAGCCCACCCCCAACAGACCUGAGGUGAACUGGCUGGCUGCACUUGGCGCCUCGUCAGAAGGCUUUUCUGAUAGCAUGGCAAUCGCUACUUUUUUUUUUUUUUUUAUCUCCAGCAUGCGGAUGGUACUUUGACUGCAAGCCUUUGUGCGUACUCACUCAUGCAUACUCAAGCACCUUGACAUCCUAUGCUUCAUUACAAUAAUUUAUGAUAUCCGUCUGAGAGAAAAGAGGUCGAUUACGGCGUGGCUUCUUAAAUUCGCCAACUGAUGAAGCCGUCCGCGGGUUGUGCCAGCUGGAACAACAAGUCAAGGCUGCAAUUCCAUGAACGGCCACAAGACAAAAGGCUUCAGUUACAAAUAUUAACGGAUGUAAUAGAAGUUCCUUUAGUAAAGGAUCCACAAUAGAAUAUAACUGACGACACAGUGUUAGUUUCCAGCUUCUGAGCUUGAAAAUGGGAGCUGGACAGAUGAAUGGUUUGCAGGCAGCAGGGUUACUAUAGUUCAGUUCGCAGGAUUCCACAGCUAACUGAACCAGAUUCCAUAGCUGUCACUGUCAAGUCGGCCCUCAUUUUUUUCCCUCCGGUUUCCACAUGAAUGUGACCACUCACCUUUUUCUCUCAGGUCAUUCCAGUCCAAACUGACAAGUCACGUUCUUGACAGCCACAACCGUUCCAUACCCUCACUUGUAGACACGUGUGGUCCAAACGAGAGGCGACAGACGCAGGCUCCACACUCAUGUGAAUUAUUACAGUGCACAGUGCUUUUUACACAUAGCGAAUGUUUUCAACCUUUUAUGUAAGACUGCUUUUUGUUAAGGAAAAUGAAGACAGCUUCUCACUGUAAGGGCAGUUUGUGCUGUUAGUAAACAGAAAUGUAUGCAAACACCCUCUCUAAGUAUGACAACUUCAAAUUGUGAAGGACACUGGAGUAAGAUUCUUACUUUUGCUCCUUGUAUACCAGCUCAGUAAGAAAAUUACAUAAACUGAAAAAAACUGAAAAUAUUACAAUAACCAUUACUAAAUAAGUUCAAAAUAAUUUCAAACCUGGCUGCUAAUUACCAUAUUAACCUGCUUACUCUGCAACUUUAAAAAGUAGUCAUAUCCAGUUCAUAGUAAUGCAUUUAUCACACUUUUUUUCUAACAGUACAAACAUACCUUUAAAACAGUACAACAGAUUCUACAAGGUUCUACAAGGUGAGCUUCACCUUAUUAUUGUUACAUAAUUCAUCAUUUUGGUCACAAUUUUGGUCUGUAACGUAAUGCAAAUUCAGCGCUCCUGUUUAAAGGCUGAAUUGAUCCCAGUGGUAUUUCUAAUUCCUGAGGCCAUGCGAAUUGGUGUUCCAAUUCAUUAGCAUUUCUCUUGGGUCUGUGUAAUUCAUGAGAGACACUGUGGUACAAAGAGAGCGAUGGAUCCUAACCUGUGACCCUAAAGCCCAUCUUACAGCACGCGUUUGUGUAAUAAAUGUACUUAUGACCAUAGAUGCUAAUUGCACACUUCACGAUGUUGAACCUGAAGAAAUAAACCAUUUAAACACUUUUUUAAAAAAGUAAAAUCUUUUGGUUUGUUUUUUUUACUAAUU